AUGCUUGAGCGCGUCCGGUUCGGUGGUUUCAGUGGCACGUACAAAGUAAGGGGCGCCGAGCUGGCUCGUGACAGGAAAACGCAAACCAAACCGGUGACCGUACUUUUCCUCGAUGAAAGUACGCACACGUUCCAUCUGGACAAGCGCGCCAAGGGCGCCGAACUGCUCGAGCAGGUGUUCCAGCACGUGGAGCUGUCCGAGCGGGACUAUUUUGGGCUGCAGUUCCCAUCGGUGGAAGAUGCGCACACGCUUAGCAAUGGGAACGGUGGUAGCACCAAUCACAACACGAGCAAGAGCGAUCCAUCGGCCGGCGGUGGUGGAUCGAGCAGUGGAUCGAGUAGUACCGGCGGUCCCAAUGGCAGUACCACCGUCCCGGUCUCGCCGACGGCACAGUUCCCGAACGGACGGCAACCGGUACGGUGGUUGGAUCCGAACAAACCUUUUCGCAAGCAGCUAAACGAUGCACGAACGAGCACGGUACGAUCGCAUGCGGACGGCGGUCCACACGUGCCGUUGUUGCUGUUUCGCGUAAAGUUCUACGUCACCGAUCCGAGCCGUUUGCACGAAGAGUACACGCGCUAUCAGUUUUAUCUGCAGAUCCGGCGAGAUGUGUAUCAGGGCCGGUUGCCCGUCAGUCUCAACACUGCCUGUCUUUUAGCCAGCUUUACUGUACAAGCUGAACUUGGCGAUUACAAUCCGCUGGAGCAUACGGUCGGUUAUUUGAGUGAGCUGCAGCUUCUGCCGGAACAAACGGAGGAAGCGGAGCAUCGUAUAUCGGAACUGCACAAACUACACCGUGGUCAGCUGCCAGCAGACGCAGAGUACAACUAUCUAGAACACGCCAAGCGCCUCGAGCUUUACGGGAUCGAUUUCCACCGCGCGACGGAUUCGUCCGGUAAGGAGCUAGCGCUGGGUGUAUCUUCCCUCGGUUUGUUGGUGUAUCAAAAUGGCACCCGAAUCAACACCUUCUCUUGGUCGAAAGUGGUGAAGGUGUCCUUCAAACGGAAAGAUUUCUUCAUCCAACUGGCACGGGAACCGUCCGAACACUACGAUACGCUGCUCGGCUUCAGUAUGGGUUCGCACCGUAAUGCCAAGCUGCUGUGGAAGGCUUGCGUCGAGCAUCAUUCAUUCUUCCGGUUGAAGAAACCACACCGUUCGCCACGUUCCUUCCUGCCACUUACAUUGCGCUCCAAAUUCCAUUAUUCCGGCCGCACCGAACUGCAAGCCGUAACGGAAAGCCGCCAGCGUGGUAAGGUGGCGAAAAUAUUCAUCCGUUCGCCUAGUCGACGGUUGUUGGCUACGAUUUCACAACCACAAUCACCUCAGCUGAACGGUGCAAGUGGGCCCACCGCCGACGGUAGUGGCGCAUCGUGCAACGAGGCAAGCAACGGUGGCACAAACAUCAGUGCUACGGGUGGAAACAAAAAUCAACUUACGUUGCUUUCGAUCACAAAAGCUACGCGCACGUACGAUAAGGUUACCUCCAAGACACCGUCGUCAAUGCCGCGAAAAGCUUGGGAACAGCAGACCGAUGAACCUACUUUCAUCGAGCAUUGUGCCCGCACGUCGAUGCCCAUGUACGAUUCGCCCCCCGCGUAUGCCGGUCUGAAUGGUAACGGAGCAGGCAACGGAAUCAACGGAGACGAUGAAGCCGGUGGUCUGGUCACGAUCCAUCUGGUGGCGGACGAACAGGGCCGUUUCGGGUUUAACGUAAAGGGUGGCAUCGAUCACGGUCUCCCGAUAUUGGUUUCACGAGUCGCACCGCAUACACCGGCGGACAAAAGUACGCCGCGCGUUUGCGAAGGUGAUCAGGUGAUGCGGAUUAACGGACGUGACGUUAGUGCGAUGGCUUACGAGCAGGUGGUUAGUUUAAUUCGUGCCUCGCGUGAGUACCAGGACGGUGAGCUGCUGCUAACACUGAAACCGAAUGCCUUAGUCGACUAUACCGAGGAAGAACCACUGUACCAGUACGUCCCGGAGGAGAAUGAUAUCGUGCGGGCAGGGCUGCUUAAUGGUGAUCAGCUGUUCACGCAAUCGUUACUGCUGCUGCGCGAUGGUUUGGCAUCCGGCGCACUGUUGGCACAGUAUGAGCAGCUUUACCGGAAGAACCCGGAACUGGCUAUUACGGAGGCGCGUAAAAACGAAAACAUCGGAAAGAAUCGUUACCGUGACAUAUCACCGUAUGACUGUACUCGCGUCGUACUUCAGCAUGCGGAAAGUGGCGAUUACAUAAACGCCAACUAUGUGAACAUGGAAAUACCACCCGCCCGGAAAACGAACCGCUACAUCGCCACGCAAGGUCCGCUACCGUCGACGGUAAACGAUUUCUGGCGCAUGGUGCAGCAGGAAAGCAGCCACUUGGUGGUGAUGUUGACAACGGUUAAAGAAAGCGGCAGCACCAAGUGCCAUCAGUAUUGGCCGUCGGCCGAUGACGAUCCACUAGUACCGUCGGCCGGUUUUUCGAUCAGUUGCCUUACGGAGAAGCCGGACGAAACCGGAAGUUUUGUGUUUCGCGAUCUCGUCAUGACGGAUGAGCGCACGAAAGAAACGCGCACCAUCCAGCACAUGCAGUAUCUGGCCUGGCCGGACCACGAUGUACCGGCUGAUCCGAAUCUGUUUCUGCAGUUUACCGAGCGGGUCCGGUCGGCACGGGAAACGACACUGCCGCUAGAGAUUGAGGCAAGUCUCAAAAAUGUGAAAUUGCGCAGUGUUGACGAGAACGGUGGCUUGGACAACUCGGAGCGACGGAUCGUGCACACGGACAGUGACGACAGUCCGAACGAUAUGCCAUCAUCAACCUCGGUGCAUCAGUAUAUAAGUGCAUCGAAUCCACCUAUUAUCGUACACUGUUCGGCCGGCAUCGGUCGUACAGGGGUGCUGAUCUUGAUGGAUACCGCACUGGCGCUGAUGGAGGUACGGGAACCAAUCUAUCCCUUGGACAUUGUACAAGCGAUGCGUGAUCAACGGCCAUGCAUGGUACAGAAUGUGAGCCAGUAUCGAUUCGUGUGCGAGUGCAUCUGUGCCGCGUAUUUACAACAAGUAGCAAAGGAACAAGCUACCUCCGCUCCUAGCUCUCCUACCGGAACGUUAGAAUCUAGAAAACUCGUCACAAAAACGGCAUCACCAUCUGCAGCUGGUACAGCACCAACGGUACAGAAAUCCGUGCCCAGCAUAGCAUCACCGGAGGAAACGAUGCUCGAUACGCCCGCAGACAGCGAACGCAAGGCACCGUUGGCAACGGAAACGACAAGCAUCAGUACGGCCACCGUAUCACCGUCCAAUGGACACCAGGAUGUCGAUUAG